CUUCAUUUCUCACCGUUUCCUCUUCUCUUUCUCCAAUAUAAUCAUCCCUAGGGUUUUAGCUAUGUCGGUCAAUCUUACUGCAAAUGCGAUUCAGGCCAUCUGCGCGGGUGAUGUGAAUUCGAAACCGCUGGUUCAAGUAAUCGACAUUAAACUUAUCGGCACUUCUCAGGAACGAUACCGUCUCCUUCUCUCGGACGGCGCAUCAACUCAGCAUGCCAUGGUAGCAACACAACUCAACGACCGAGUGAAGACUGGCAAAGUUCGUAAAACUUCCGUCAUUCAAUUGAUUGAUUACAUCUGCAGCACUAUUCAGAAUCGCAAGAUUAUUGUUGUUCUUAAUAUGGAGACAAUAUAUCCAGAAUGUGAAAUAAUUGGAAAUCCAAGACUGUUAUCAGAUUCUGAUUCAGUUGCUUCAGCGCCAGCAAAUUCUGUUAACUCUGGUCCAACAACAAAGAAUGCAACUAAUAGUUCCACUGAUAACGGGUCGAGUUUUCGGCCAACUAUUCAACCCCCUUACCAACCUCCUCCAAAUUACAAAGGCCAUGGAACAAUAUUCAAGAACGAGGCACCAGCACGUGUAAUUCCAAUUUCUGCACUGAAUCCUUACCAGGGACGUUGGGCUAUUAGGGCGAGGGUCACUGCUAAAGGAGAUAUCCGGCGUUACAACAAUGCUCGUGGGGAUGGGAAGGUUUUUUCUUUUGAUCUUCUUGAUUCUGAUGGAGGUGAAAUAAAAGUUACCUGCUUCAAUGCUGUUGUUGACCGUUUUUAUGAGAUUAUCGUGGUUGGUAAAGUAUAUAUGAUAUCAAAGGGAAACUUAAAACCAGCACAGAAAAAUUUCAAUCAUCUGAAAAAUGAGUGGGAAAUCUUUUUGGAAGCGACUUCAACUGUUGAUCAAUGCCCUGAUGAAGAUUCUAACAUACCCAAGCAGCAGUUCUCCUUCGUACCUAUCAGCGAUAUUGAGAAUUCUGAAAAUAAUUCUAUUUUGGAUAUUAUUGGCAUUGUAGUAUCCGUCAAUCCCACUGUUCCAAUCAUGAGAAAGAAUGGAAUGGAAACACAGAGGAGAGUCCUGAACUUGAAGGAUCAGUCCAGCCGGACUGUCGAAUUGACAUUGUGGGGUGAUGUUUGCAACAGGGAAGGUCAAACGCUACAAGAAACGGUUGAUUCUGGGGUUUUCCCAGCGUUGGCUGUAAAAGCAGGGAAAGUAAAUAACUUCUCUGGGAAAUCCUUAGGAACAAUAUCCACCACUCAACUCUUCAUAAACCCUGAUAUUCCAGAAGCCCGUACACUAAGUGGUUGGUUUGAGAGAGGAGGGAAAUCCGCAGCUUCUCAGUCGAUAUCCAGGGAACUGAUGCCAAGUGGAGGAAGAAACGAUACUCGUAAAGCGGUGUCUCAGAUCAAGGACGAAGGUCUAGGUAGAUCGGUUAAGCCGGAUUGGAUAACAGUGAAGGCAACCAUAUCUUUUAUUAAGACAGAUACCUUCUGCUACACUGCCUGUCCACUUAUGAUUGGAGAUAAACAAUGUAAUAAGAAAGUUACAAGGUCUGGAAAUUCAAGAUGGCUAUGUGACAGGUGCAAUCAAGAAUUUGAGGAAUGUGAUUACAGAUACCUUCUCCAGCUUCAAGUUCAAGAUCACUCGGGUAUUACUUGGGUUACAGCUUUCCAGGAAGCUGGGGAAGAGAUACUAGGUUGCCCAGCAAAGGAGCUUUAUUUGAUGAAACAAGAAGAUACUGAUGAUGUUAGGUUUGGAGAGAUGAUUAAAAAUUGUCUCUUCACCGAAUUCCUUUUCAAACUUAAGAUCAAGGAGGAAUUAUAUGGAGACGAACAGAGAGUGAAGGUCACGGUUGUCAAGACAGAAAAAGUUAGUUGUUCAUCAGAGAGCCGAUACAUGCUCGAUCUCAUCUCCAAUUCUAAUUCUUCUUAUGUGCGCUGAAGAUGGACAUGGGUCUUUAUUAAUGAUGGUUAUUAUUGUUAUUAUUCAAUCACCAUUGUUAAGGUUUGCAAUACUUACAAAAUGAGACAGACUCUCUAUUCUCUUUUGCUUCAUAGUAAAAACAUAUUUGCAUGCA